GGGUUCAGUCAUCUCGCGCCAGCCGAGCCACGCGCACUCGCUAGUUUCACGUUCUGGGCUCGGUGAAAGACUCUCUCUCAGCUCGGACGCGUUUACCAUUCUCGCGUCCUCCGCGCUACCAUCUUCUACCCCUUUGUCAACCCGGGGAUGAAUCGCGCCGCGUUCUCGUUAUCCUUCUCCAUCGACUUUCACCGUGUCGCGUUCGAGCCAGGAUCCUAACGCCUGGUCGAUGGACAGCUAAGACCCACGGACGGAACCAGACCGCCCCCUACGGACGGAAGCCACGGAACACCCCCACUUCUUGUCGAUCCAAACCGCCCCCACCCAAGUGGCACAGUGGAGAGUUCCGCGCUCGAGUGGAAGGCACACCGGGUACCGAGUUUCACGGGUGGAGAACCCUCGGAUACGUCGCGAUCAUCCCCCCAGCACAUCACCGACCAACGGUGGAGCUCGCGCGGAUAAGCAAAUUUCACGGAAAAACGGAAACUAAAACGUUCGCGUUUAGUUUUUGCGACGUUAUCGUAUCUGUUUGUUGGUGCACGCGCGUCUACAACCCCCACCCUUAUCCGGACGAAUCUGCCACCAUCGGUAGAAAAACAAACCCUCUCCCCACCCACCCACGCACCCACCCUCUCCUCGAGGAACUGGAGAACCAGCCAGCGAAGAGAGGACAGUGGCAUCGCGAUGAUGCCUCGCGAAUUCUCGACUUGUCGCGGCUAGCGGAAGAAAAUGAUGAUAUACUACGCGAGGGGUGGUGAAUCGGUCACGGUGUCGCGUUCGUCGCGUUGAAUAAGUGAUAAACACCCGGUUCGGGUUGGAUGACAGUGCGACGCUCGGGAAACGAGGCCAGUGAUUUUUCGUGGACGGUGUGAAUAUUUUGGCCGUGUGAUAUUUAUUAUUUUUCGUGACAAGUGUGCUCUCUCUCUCGAAGAAGAAGAAUAAGAAUAAGUUACGAAAUCUUCGCCGACCUUGCUGUGAACCUCUCUAAUUAAACUGUUAGAUGUGAUUUGAAAAACGAUGCCAAAGCGAUCCACGAACCUAGACAACCGUUACUGUCGCGAUAGUGAACGAUGAGACACGGUGACACGAGUCCUUCGAGCUGGAAAAGCUAAUCGUCGCGACGAAUGAACCACGAGGAUCAACCAUUUCAUCGCGAUUUCAGCAGGUUCGGUGCUGCUUCGUCGAGGACUAUGGUCGCCAAAGAAGAAACACGACGAGGCAGGAACGAGGAUACUCGUUGAGAAAAGUCGAGGAUGCAUUGAGGAGCCGGCCGGUUCAGGAGAUUCGAGAUGUCCGCCGUAACGAGCCCGUAUGGCCCCACGGAGAUGCUUUCCGAUUCGGUGUACAACUACGCGACGCCCCGACGAGGGACCGCCGAUCAGGACAGCGACUCCCAGUACGAGACUCAGGCCCAGCUGCAGAUCACGAGCAUGCAAAAGCCGCGAAACAAACGCAAGAACUUUAAACCGAUCAGCAGCCGAAUGGUCGAGGUGUCGGACGAGUCUGAGAAGGAGGACGAAGAGCUGGAGGCGAUGGAGGAAAGUUCCAGCGAGAUAUUGGAGUACGAGAGGAAGACCAUGUUGUUGCCAGCCGAGGAAAGGUCUAAACAACGAUUGAAUAACAACGAGGUCAGUCCUAUGGACUUGUCCGUGACUAACACGAGACCGCCGUCGUCAGAAGCCGACGACGACAGCGGUGAUUCCCUCAGGCAUAAGUUCAUCCUGGAACAACUCAGGUCUCAGAAGCUUUACUCACCUGGUACCGAGGCUAGGAGUCCGAACUCUGACUCCUCGGACAAGAGCGGUAGCGGUGUGCUGGAUACGGAAUCGGGUCGUUUAGACGAUACCACCUUCGACGAUGAUCGGGGACAAGAGGUAGACGGCGAGACGGAGUGCGAGGAGAGGAAACCUUUCGAGGGAAUGAGGGAGUACGCUGAAUCGACGAUGCAGGAGCUGUUGGCGAUCUACGGAUUGGCGGGAGGAGAAUUGGCCAAGUCGGUGAGCAGACAGCUACCGCCGACCUUCCUGAACCCGGCGACUGGUCAUCCUCACGGGAAGGUGAAGGUGAAAGAAGAGAAGGAUGCUUCGUCGAUGGCGCCAGGAAGCCCUCCGACGCCACCUCACACCCCCCAAAGUCCACCCCGACACAAUCCACCCCCUAGUAACCUAUCUCAAUCCUGUCAAACAUCAAACACCAAUUCUCCUAGCCUUCAACAACAACAGCAGCAGCAGCAGCAGCAACAGCAAGAAUCGCAUCAGCAACAACAACAGCAACCGCAAUCCCUUCAUGCAAUGGCGAACUCACCCCUGAGUCAGAUUCUGGUACAGAACCCGGCUCUUGCUCAACUACUACAACAGAAUCCAGCCAUUCUGUCGCAAAAUCCGCAAUUGGCACAGUUACUACAGCAAAAUCUUCAAGUUCAGAUGGGCAGCGUCCUUUUCCAGAACGUCAGGAGGGAGGAACCUGAAGAGUCGAGGGUACCGCCGACAAUAGCGAGCCUGGCGGCGAUGAAGGUGGAGGCAGCUGACCCGAAGGUUUCCGCGUUACUGAGACAAAGCAUGUCUCCGGUUGCGGACACCUUGAUCGGUAGCUCGAAAAGCUCCGUGUCACAGCCUAUAAUCGAUUACUCCCGAUACGUGAGGAGGUACUCGUCGGGUCAAGAAUGCGGUAGCUCGUAUUGUAAGGAGCUCGGUUGCAGAGAACAUUUUCACUGUUUGGAUUGCAGUGGUAGGGUGUUUGUGAAAAAAGAAGAAAUGAUCAGGCAUUUCAAGUGGCACAAAAAGAGGGACGAAUCUUUGCAGCACGGCUUCAUGAGGUACUCGCCGACGGAUGAUUGCUCGGAGAGGCAUCCGGGUCGUGCAUGCCCGCACAAUAGAAAACAGACCCACUACCACUGUAUCCAUGAGAAUUGCGAUAAGGUUUACAUAUCGACGUCGGACGUGCAGAUGCACGCCAACUAUCAUCGCAAGGAUUCGGCUAUCAUUCAAGAAGGUUUCCAGAGAUUCCGCGCGACCGAGAGCUGUGCUACCGAUCACUGUCCCUUCGCUGGUCAACGGACUACGCACUUCCAUUGUCGGCGACCUGGCUGCCGGUUCACCUUUAAAAACAAGGCUGACAUGGACAAACACAAAUCGUAUCAUAUCAAAGACGAGCAGUUGUCCCGCGACGGAUUCAAGAAGUUCAUGAAGUCCGAGGCGUGCCCCUUCGAGCAGUGUCGUUUCUCUCGGGUAUGCAAUCACAUUCACUGCAUACGACCACACUGUAGCUACGUUCUUCAUUCUUCCGGUCAGCUGUUCUCCCACAAACGGAAACACGAACGGCACGAGUCCGAGCUGGCUUACAGAAAGUACAAACAAAUCAGCGCGGUCGGUGGAAUACGACCUUCCGGUUCCUGGCCACCGGACGACGUCGGUGCCCAGAAUCUUUCUCUAAGUCUGAACGGUGAAAGCUCGAACGAAGACAGAGGCUCGCCGUCUUAUUACUCGUUCGACGAUUCCUUCCAAAGCGGAAGCGAUCUCGCGAUGGAUCUAACCGCACCCACCACCACCACCACCACAGUCAGCGCCAGUGGUAGCUCCACCGUGACCAUUGAACAACCGCAACUUCAACAGCCACAGCAACAUCAACACCAACACCAGCAGCAGCAGCAACAGCAACAGCAACAGCAACAACAGAGUCAACAACUCACCGCCACGGAAUUGGCCUAUUUGGUACCUGCGACAGGUGAUUGUCCUUGUCAUCUGGGCAGGGAACAUCAUCAUUGCGGUCUGGAUCGUUGCGGGACAGCGUUAAAGGACCCUCGCGAAGUCAGAGAGCAUUUGAGAGAGCACGAGACUCAGGAACGAAUCACGGACGCCUUCUUCGAGGAGGGUGGUUGCGACGAUAAUUGUCCGUACGCCGACAAAGAGAAACAUUAUCAUUGCAAUUGGGAAAACUGUCGCGAGGUAAUUCUCUCCACCGACAAACCCUUUCGUCGUCUUCAACAUUACAAAAUUCACGAGUACAGCAGACAAUUGAACCUCUCGUGCUCCUCCCACGCCUUGUCCUCCGACGUUACGUUGACCCACCUGACGAACAUCGAUGCCAUGUUCAGGCGGAAGAGAGGCAGACCACCGAAAAAUCGGGUGAUAGAGAUCUGGUCCGGUGGUGAUCCAGCCACGCAUACACACGAUUCCCCGCAGGCCAUCUUUACCAGCUUCAAACUACCAAAACCUCAGACGCCGAAUUUGACGGUGAAUCCGAUGACGGAGGAUCGAGAGGGAAGCGUCUCGCCGUCCAACAGCCUCGGCGAAGCUGACGGCUUCUCGACCUAUAAUCCUGAUGGAUGCCCGGAUCCGGCUUGCGUUCUACGAUCCAGCAGGCAUCAUCAUUGUUCGCAGCCAAGGUGUCACUUCUCUACCGAUAGACCCGAUCAAUUGCUGAUGCACAGCAAAGACUUUCACGAUAACGUCGACAUACCGCCGGGCUUUGCCUUCUUCGAUAAGAUGGUAGAUUGUCGACUGGCCGGUUGUCACAGUAAUCGCGUUAAUCGGCAUUUCCACUGUACCAGACCAAACUGCGGCUACUCGUUCGUCAGAUACUCGACCAUGGCGAUGCACGAGAAACAGCACGCUGGUCACACCGAUGCCGUUGGGGGCCAGGAAUCCUUCUCUAACCACGAGUCUCACACGCAAGUCCAACCGGCGAUUAUACAGGAAACGAAGCCGAGGAUUCAGGUGAAGAAUCCUGCUGAACUUAUCGAGAAACCCGAAGACAGCAACAACUUGACCGUUACCGGCCCCGCCGCCGACAUGGAGAAUAGAUCGAUGAUGGAGGAGAAAGAAGCAGAGAUACCCAGUCCGGAUGGCAACAAGACUACCGUGGUGAGGGCGGCAGGCACCUAUUAUCCGGUCAGCGGACCGCCAAGUGAACCCGCACUUCCGGGCGUCGUGCUAUCCAUGCGAACUUCCGUGCACCAAGAAUCUCCGGUUCUUCCAUCCACAAGUUCGGCCUCGCCGCACACCUUGUACGGACCGGAGCAAAGCUGUAGCAGACCGUUCUGUAAACUGAAACGCAAGAAUCAUUAUCACUGUAACGCGUGCAAUCAAGCGUUCUCCGAGUUGGACCGACUGGUGGCUCACAUAGCCAAACACUCGACAGGUGCCAUUCUUAGUCAACAGCAACACGAGCUGGCUAGUCAGCCACCUAAUCAGCUGCAGCACGAUUAUCUGGCACAGUUGUCGCAGAAGCACGACUUCAUGGCGCAGAACGCACAAAUGGCACAGAACAUUCAGAACUUUCAAAAUCAGAUGCAACGUCAGAUGCAGCAAACUCUCGGUCAAAUGAGCCAACAGACCCAAGCGAAGGAGGUGAAAAUGGAACCUGCGAGGUGCGGCUCGGACGUUGGCGUGCAAAAUGUACCGAACGUGAAAAGGGAGCCUAGCGAACUGAUCAGGGACGAGGGGGGUAACAAUUCGGUGAUGGACAGCAACGAAAACGGUCAAUUGUCUCAACCGGGUAUAGCGGCGAACGUUCAGCAAUCCCCUGUCCCUACCAGCUUCGAGCUGGACCUUAGCCACGGAUUUCAUUUUCCUAGCCCAGCCGUAAUGGCCGCUAUGAAUCAGCAGAUCGCUUUAAUGAAUCAAGCCCUGCCACCCUUCCUCCAGCAUGGCGGCAUGUACACAGGUGGACCAGGGCUGAUGUUCGCGCCCGGUCUACCUCCGACCAACUUUCUACCUCCUGCCAGAGACGAGAAUCCUUUGGCUUCUCUGGCCGCGAACCUGAACUUGAACAAGAGAUCCUUGUCUCCGCCGGACAGUAACUCACCCGAGGCGAAGAAACAGAGGCUUCAUCACUCGAUGCGGAUGCUGAAGGACGAACCUGUACCCGAGGGAUACGUUAGGUUCCGAUUCAACGAGGACUGCAGGUAUCCCCACUGUGGUUACAGGGAACACCAGACCCAUUUCCAUUGCAUGCGACAAGACUGCGGCUACUCGUUCUGCGACAAGACGCGUUUCGUCCAGCACACGGCCAGACACGAGCGGCUAGACACCCUGAUGGGUGGUGAUUUUCAACAAUACAGGGCUAACGUCCCUUGCGGUCGGGCUCAGUGCGCGUACACGUCCUCGUUAGGCUCGAUGCAGAACAAAGCGUCGCACUUUCAUUGUUUAAAGUGCGACUUUGUCUGUACAGAUACGAACAAGGUGGUCGCUCACAGGCGGCAACACGCGAAAUUGGACAGCAUCGCUGCGGCAGGCUUUCAAAAAUUCACCCCCAGUCAACCUUGCGGUGGCGUUCAGUGCCAGCAUUCCGGUAAACAGACGCAUUAUCAUUGUCUGCAAUGUCAGUACGCUGUGCUCGGUUUGGCACAAAUGUCCGCCCACAAGUAUCGACACAUGGACACAUAACGACGUACAGAUAAGUUGAAGGGUAUUCGAGAAAGAUACAAUUGACUCUGGUCCCCGUGUAGACAUUCCCUGAAGACUUCUUCAGCCGCCCUCGAUGGCUCUAGACAAAUAAUAUGAGCCAAAGAAGAGGAAACGGCCGGCUGCUGGAUCCGAUAUCGAUGAAUUUUGGAUCGCACAGAUGUAAUCUGAUCAAGGACUGACGAAUAUAAAAGACAAUUUCAUUGAUGCUCCCUCUGUAUAGACAUUCCCUGACGGAAUUGCUAGGCGAUUGUCGAUGGACUCGCGAUGCGAACGUUUCCACGACCAGCUGGAUGAUUAGGAGCAGCCCAAUCGAGGCCUAGUCAUUAAUCUUCAGCCGUGUUCUCGACCAGAAGGAAUCGAUAGCUUGCUCGGCGUUCUCGUAUGGGCCGAAACAACAACCAUAUCGAUCGAUGCAUCGAUGACUUCGUACUUACGAGAGAAAAAAAGAGAGAAAGAGAGAGAGAGAGAGAGAGAGAAAUAUUUAUUAUAAUUGAUCGACGAUUGAUCUCGGAAGAUCGAAAACCUGAAGGAAUAGCGCGAUCAUUCUCGAAUCGUUUAAUUGAUUAUUCGACGAGAACGAGAAGAAGACGAAGGAUGAACUUGGCGUAGAACCGUAGACAAUAAGACGGACGACAAGUCUAUCGUAUAGCUUUAGCGCGAAGAUAAAAGACAAACUAUAAUAUUUAAUAGAAGAAAAAGACCUUGUACAUUUCCUUUCCCUCUUUUCCUUUAUCCCUUCUUUUUUCUAUUUGUCUUCUCUUUAUUUUCUUCUUUUUUUUUUUCUAGUAUCGUUCGUGUACCCUCCGCGUGGUGCAAAAGUAGUCGUCGCGACGACUUAGAUCCUAAACUAGAUAGUUAAUAUAUUAUGUACAGAGGAGAAAAAGAACUGACACGAGAGAGAACAAGAUCGAACGGAAUCGCUCCGGUUCGUGAAAAAAAUGAUUUAAUCGAGAGGACAAUGAAACUUUUUGCUGUAAACGAGUCCUAGAUGAGAAAGAGUCAUCGCCAGCAAGCAAAGGCAAGUCAAAAUGAAAAAGAUAAUCGUGCUUACGUGUGACAGCGUGUCUAGUCCAUUGCAUCAUCGAUGAUUUAACAAGAUAAACUAGGAUAUAGUCUGUCGUUGCCACGACAAAUUGAUAUCGGAUCGAUUCCUGAUGAACCUUCAACCGGUUCACGAUCAACGAUCCAUUCAUCGACGAUGCAAUGAUUUUUUUUCUACGAUCAUCCAUAAUCUUUUGUUUUCUAUUUUUUUUUUCUUCUUUUUCUUUUUAUUAUUCAUGAGUUCCCUCUCUCUCUCAUCGAUCAGACGUAUCGUAACGAAUCGUACUAAAGAUUAUACGCUUUCAAGGAGGGUACGCGGUUUCUUCGUUAAUCGUAUUUACAGAACAGUAUUGAUAAAAUAAAAACCGAGAGUUAACAAAAAAGACUGCCAUCCGAGAGGAGACAGAGCGAACAGACAUUUCGCUUUCGGGCAACCGUUGCUUGCUGGACAGAAGAUGGACGUUUUGUGAAAUGAAAAAUGUACACACGAGACACGGUAACGAAUGAACGCAUGCGUCACGAACGAGAUAGGGUCGACGACGAUACGAUUUUCUAUCAUUUUAUUUCUGUGCGAUUAGGGACUGUUCGAUUGCCUUCGAUUCUUCGAUAAUUUUAACUACUUAACAUGCAUCGUUUUCAGUGAAGGUUUCACGGUAAAUAAAUUGGCAAUAAUUUUCUUAAUCGUAACGUCUUUGGCAUCGACGAAUAGCAUGAUCUACCGAAAAAAAAAAAAACA